UUGCAAGCGGGAGGGGCCGUGCGCGCUCUCUGUCUUCGGCCUCUGUCCCCCCCACCCCCCCUUUCCCCGGUCUGGCUCUCUCCUUCGGAAAGAUGUCGGACACGGCAGUAGCUGACACUCGGCGCCUUAACUCGAAGCCGCAGGACCUCACCGACGCUUACGGGCCUCCGAGUAACUUCCUGGAGAUCGACAUCUUUAAUCCACAGACGGUGGGCGUGGGCCGCGCGCGCUUCACCACCUAUGAGGUUCGCAUGCGGACAAACCUACCUAUCUUCAAGCUGAAGGAGUCCUGUGUACGACGGCGCUACAGUGACUUUGAAUGGCUAAAAAAUGAGCUGGAGCGAGAUAGUAAGAUUGUAGUACCACCACUCCCUGGGAAAGCCUUGAAGCGGCAGCUCCCUUUCCGAGGAGACGAAGGGAUCUUUGAGGAGUCCUUUAUUGAAGAAAGGAGGCAGGGCCUGGAACAGUUUAUUAACAAAAUUGCUGGGCACCCACUGGCUCAGAACGAACGCUGCCUACACAUGUUCCUGCAGGAGGAGGCAAUUGACAGGAACUACGUCCCUGGGAAGACCACCUCUGCCUACUGUCCAGCUUUGGGAUGGAAGUCAUGGCCCCAUGAUGGGCUCCCAGGGGAAGAGCACCACUUUUCCAGAAGAGCUUACCAGAUCAGAGACUGUGGAAGUAUUCCAUGCUUCUGGAAACUUAGAUCCAAGAAACUUUCGUCCCUUCCCCGCCUUUCUUGUUCCCUUUUUCCCACGGUUAGAUUUUCUCCAGGCCUGUCUACAUUCUCUGCCUGUGGUCCCUGCCCCGCCCCAACCUCUUCCUAAUCCUGUGCCUCAUAAUUUCUUGGUGGCCCUGGGAGAGGCAGAAGGGGGAUUCCCCCUUCCUUCUAUGUAUCCAGAACUCCCCAUUGAUUUUUAAUUACCAGGGUUGCAGGAGCCAUUGAUCUCAUUGGUUAUAUAUUUUUCAGGCCAUUUCUUGGUGGUGCCUUCUGACCCAACCUUCUCCCUGCCUGAGACCUGUGGACCCAGCCCUCUUGCAGACACACACAUGUGAGACGUGUGUCAUGUCUGCAUCCUCUCGGGGUGGAACUGCUCUGUGCGGUCAUGCCUGUCUCUGACUAUCCUGCUUUCCACACUGGGGCUGUUGACCUUGGGGCCAGUGGAGGGUGUGACCAGGUCCUUUUAUCCUCUGUGUUUCAUUAGGCAUUCAUCUGGCCAACCAGGGGAUCCUCUUCAUCCGGGCUCUGGAACAAGUGGUUGCCACAGCCUGGAGCAGCAGACUAAGGGUUGCAUUUGCUGUUUUAGCAGCCUCUGAGCUUCCUGCCCAGAGCUCCCCACAGGCCUGCGUGUUUCCCCUAGGACUUGUCCCUUUCUCCAGGCUGCCGUGUCGGGGGGUCAGUGGGCAGAGAUAGUGGUUUGAGGUUCAGAGCUCUUUAAGGUUGAGGAGAAAGAGCUGUCAGGAAACUCUUGUCUCACUGGAGGACUGGGGUGAAGGUGGGAAUCCCAGCGGAGGGAGAGCAGGCAGCGGCCUCAGCUAGGACUCAAGACUUCAGGGACUUACUCCCUUUCCUCACACACCUCAGCUGCAACUCUCUGCUCCUCUCCUCCCACUGCUUUUUACUUUUUGCUACGUCCCCCUUUCCCUUGCCAUUUUUUGCCCCUAGAAAAGUCUGAUAUUUAGCUCAGGCCAAACCUUCUUAUAGAAAGGCAGCCUUGGGCAAAAGUGGCCUGAGACCUGGAGGUGGCAGUGCUUGAGGGUUUGCUCCAGCUGGCAAGGCCUCGACUGCUUAUUGCCUCUGCUUUCCCUCGCCUGGUAUGGCAGGGCACUCUGGCCCAUUCAGGGGGCUCCCUUGCCCACACGAGUCACCUGCAGGCUUUAAUCUUUCAUUGCUGGAUUUGGCGUGGGGUGUUCCUGGCUGGCUCCUCCUCACACCUCCCAUCAUUCAGAGUAGCUGUUGACCCUGCAGAUGUGGCCCCCAGAAUGGGACUGGAGGACACAGCUGAGAGGCUAAAGUUAGGGACAGUUAGCUGAGGUUCACGUUUUCUCCUUUUUCCUUUUUUUUUUUUUUUUUUUGAGAGCCAAAAACCCAGCUUGAAUUCUGCUGCUGUAUUCAUGGUUAUAAGCUUUCCAUGCCUAGGUUCUGGGAAAUUUAUCUAUGCAUGUAUAUUUUUAAACAUUGUUUCCUGGGUACUGGGCAUGUGCCUGUCUGAGCCCCAGGCCCAUCUGUCCACACCCCACCAUCCACUCUGUUUGUCUCUUCCUUGGUUCCUAGAGCCUAGAACUAGAGCCCAUCAUCAGCUGUUCUCUUCUGCCAGGAAAUGUAGUUUAAAAAUGGCUAAAAAUGAUAGAGGGCGGGAGCUUGAUAGAUAGAAUCUUUUCCUUGUUUUCUUAUUUGUUUCUGUUUUGGAAAUGAAAGGGGGAUUUAAAUGGUCAUUUGAAUUCUCUUUUCUAAAUAAAGGUUUACCUUCCCCCCCAAAAAAAAAUUUGAUUCUAGCUUGAUUUCAUCUUGUG